AUGUGCUUAGAAAAACUCCCGAAUCGGGAAAAGUACUACGCGCAUAUAAACGAACACGAUUCGGACGGUAAAUUCAAAUGCACACAAUGCCCGUUCGGAUGUAAACGGAAAUCUGCCUUACUUAAGCACCAAGAAAUCCACCUAAGGUCAUUUACAUGCGACAAUUGUGAUAAGAACUUUGUCGAUCAACGAAACUUGAGUAGACAUAUCGAAAAUAAACGGUGCAAAAAACCGAUUAUAAAGUGCGAGAUGUGUGACAAGGAGUUUGAUAAGACCCAUUUGUACAAAAGUCAUCUACGUAGACAUACCACAGAGAAGCCAUUUGAAUGUAACAUAUGUGGAAUGGCACUUAAAUAUAAGUCCGCCUUAGUUCAACAUAUACUCCGACAUAGCGGGAAUAAGACCUUCAAAUGCGAUCAAUGCGACAAAACAUUUGACAACGCGAGCGCCAAAAAACGUCACCUAUCAUGCCACACUGGUGAGAAACCCUUUCAGUGCGAUAUAUGUAAAAAGGGGUUCACAUUCAAACACAACAUGCAAACACAUAUGAAACGGCAUAACAAGAAGAAAAACGUCCAAUGCAUGGUGUGCGAUAAAAUAUUUCCACGAGAGAGUAGAUUGAUAUAUCACAUGCGAUCGCACACGAAUAGCAGGCCGUUUGGAUGCGAUCUGUGCGUCAAAAAGUUCUUCAAUAAGCAAAAUUUGAUUAAGCAUUAUAAAGAUAAGCACCCUAAUGCAAGUUAUACAAUAACAACCUCGGAUGCUACUGUCGCUAAGUUAGUUUGGCAGAAAAUUCAAAAGAAGUUGAAGGAGGGCGGAAAGUUUGAAUAG